CAGCCAUUCGUUCACUCCAGUCUAGUCACUCGUUCAAAUCAUGAAAAACUUUGGUAUUGUCGCCCUUUCGGGGGCUGCCCUGCUGCAGGUGGCUUCUGCUGCUUGCUGUCGCAGCAACAAUUGCUUGAAGGCCGUUGCUCUCGCGGACUUCGAGGGAGUAAUGGACUGCAAGUCCAACCUCAUCGUCACCGUGACCCCAUCAGCAAGCACCUACACUGAAACGGUCACGCUCGUCCAGAGCGCCGUUGACACCGUCCUCUUCACCGAGACUACGACGGAAAUCGCCUCGACCGAGACCCGUAUCCUCACUGAGGCUAUCACAGUAACUUCAGCGACCGAGACGGACUUUCUCACCGAGACCGUCACCGUUCCCUACACCACGACCUUGAUCUCACUUCUCCCCGAAGUCACUUCGACGUCGACGGCCUACCAGAACCCCAUUGACAUUGAGACCUUCAAGGUGAAGAAGGCUCGCGACACUCUGACUCAAAUUGAGGAGGCCAACCCUCUCCCCACCUACGCCACCGCCGACUGCGCCGACUGGUCCCAGUACUCCAAAGCCUGCAAGUGCGUCGGCGUCACGGCCACCACCAUCACCGCUAGCGUUGCCGCCGUUGAGACCGUAACCGUGACCGCCUCGGACGCACUCACCACCGUCGUCGCCACCCUCUCUACCACCUCCACCGACAUCAUCUCCGUAACCGAAACUGUCUCCGACACCAAAACCGAAACUGUCUCCGACACCAAAACCGAAACCAUCGGCGCCACGGACCUCAUCACCGCCACCACCACCCUCACCAUCUCCGCCGUCGAGACCGCAACCUCCACAUCCACGCCCGUCUCCGUCGUGCCGUUAGUCUGCAAACCCCGCGGCCUAUCCUUCCGCGCUCACAACCCCUUCCCCGACGGCUCCACCCGCUGGAUGAACGUCGCCGGCAGCACCGCCAUCGCCUGGCAAACUUUCCCCGAUACUCCAGCUCCCGGAACCGCCAGCGCUCUUCGCUCGACCUGGGUCCUCGACUCCAACGGCUACCUUGAACUAGCUCAGCCCGUCACCGGGCAGACAUCCGUAUACGCCGCCUACGUGCUAGUCAGCGACAAGGGCGCGACGGUGUCGGUGCGGCCCAAGCUCAAGGCGGAUGUGGAGGCGGGCGUGGCAGCGGGCACGAUGCAGCGGGUGAAAGGGUGUGUGAAUGCGGGGACGGGACAGUUGACGCUGUCGGCGAAUGGGCGGGGGAAUAUGCUGUCGUGCGGCAAUGGGCUUUAUUUGUCGACAGGGACGGAUGGAAAGGAUGUUCGGAGCGAUUGUGUGUAUCUUACGCCUGUUGCUGCUUAG